ACUUGUGAUUUCGCCUCGUAGGACGUCACAAUAAAUGGAUGUUGUCUGAUCAGCGGACAUUGACCGAUGGGCCGCUGACACCGCUAAUCAAAGAGAUCGUCUGUCCUUGAGUGGAGUAAAUUGUGCAACUGAUCCUUCGCUGUCAGUCGCCUGGGAACCCACUGAGAACCUCAGACCAGACCCCCCAGAGAGAAGGAUCCUGCAAGCUGCAUGAUGGUGCUCUGUGUUAACGCAGUGACAGUCGCGCUCUCGUGCGCGUUGUUUUGUCUUUCUGCGUGUGCAGAAACUCAAGGGCCCGUGGUGAAGGCGACGCUGGGGGCCCUGAGGGGCCGGUACGUCGGGGUCAAAGGUCAGGAGGCCGACGUCCAGGCCUUCAUGGGCGUCCCCUUCGCCAAGCCCCCCGUGGGCCCGCUGAGGUUCAGCGCCCCCCAGCCCGCGGACGGGUGGGAGGGCGUGAGGGAGGCCACCAAGGAGCCCGACAUGUGCCUUCAGAGCAAAGAACUCCUGGAAGGCCUGAUGACGUUCCUCUCCAUGAAGGUGGAGCUCCCGGACGUGUCUGAGGACUGCCUCUACCUCAACGUCUUCGCUCCCUCGCACGCCGCCCCGGGCUCAGACCUGCCGGUGAUGGUGUGGAUCCAUGGCGGGGGCUUCACCAGCGGCGCGGCCACAAUCUACGACGGCUCGGCACUGGCGGCCUACCAGGACGUGGUGGUGGUUGUCCUCCAGUACCGCCUGGGGCUGCUGGGCUUCCUCAGCACCGGAGACGGGGCCGUCCCCGGGAACCUGGGCCUGCUGGACCAGGUGGAGGCGCUGCGCUGGGUCCAGCAGAACAUCCGGGCCUUCGGAGGAGACCCCGGCCUGGUCACCAUCUUCGGGGAGUCCGCGGGGGGCAUCAGCGUCUCGCUGCUGACGAUCUCUCCGAUGUCCGCCGGGCUGUUCAAGCACGCCAUCGCACAGAGUGGCACCGCGGCGUUGAAAAACCUGGUGUCCGACCAAUCACCGCUAAUGACCCAGAUGGUAGCCAAUAAAUUAGGCUGUGACGCCAGCCCUGAGACGAUUACCAGAUGUUUGAAGAACAUGGACUCCAAUGCAUUCCUGGCUCUAAUGACUGACCCGACGCUGAGGUUCCCGGUGACUGUGGAUGGACUCUUCCUGACAGACAAAGUGAACAAGAUCUACCGGGACCACCAGAUCCUCCCGAUCCCCUUCAUGAUGGGGAUCAACAACGAUGAGGGCGGCUGGCUGCUGCCUUCUAUGUUUUGCCCCCCGAACUGGACCGAGGGGAUGGACAGAGAGCAGACCAUGGCCAUACUGGGAGUGUUCCACCCAGAGCCCAAAGAUAAACCCCUACUGGACAUUUUGGAGGAGGAAUACUUAGGAACAACUGAGGAUCGGAAUGAAAUCCGAAAGGGUUUCACCAAGCUGCUAGGAGACAUGAUUUUCACCGUCCCAGGCAUCACCACAGCCAAAGCCCACAGAGAUGCUGGGGCCCCAGUCUACCUGUACCAGUACCAUCAUGCCCCCCAGUUCCUCAAGGAGAAGCGGCCCAGCUUCGUGGGUGCCGACCACGGGGAUGAGAUCUUCCUGGUGAUGGGAUUCUGCUUCACCACCACCCACGACCAGCUGACCGGUGCCUGCACAGCAGAGGAGCUGCAGCUGUCCAAACUGCUGAUGUCCUACUGGGGGAACUUCGCCCGCACAGGGAGUCCUGGCGGCCCCGAUCUGGUCCCCUGGCCGCAGUACGGGCCCCAGGAGAACUACCUGUCCAUCGACAUGAAGCAGGAGGUGCAGCAGCACCUGGCCAGCGACGUGUACGCCUUCUUCACCAAAACCAUCCCGGAGAAGCUGAGCGCCGCCCAGAAGAAGAACGGCCAAUCGGGGCACCCGGAGCUGUAGCCACGGCAACGCGACCGCAUCACCAGGAAGUGGUGACCAUGCAUCUCUGGGAUUAAUAAUGUGCCUUAUUGAGCUGUUUAUGUUGAUUAUUGUGUUAUUGUGCACAUUGUUAACAUGGAUUCUUCAAAAGGAAACAUUCGAAAAACUUUGAUUACAAAAAAAUCACAAGCAUAUCACAGUUCGGAGAGAACACUAUGAAAAUCAAUUUAACGAAGGGACAAAAUAAUCAAGUAGUGCGAGUUAUCUUGAGUUCAAAUGUACCUCUCCGUUCAAUAUGGUUCUGUGAGCCGGAUUGUUUUAUUUCUUGGACUGAAUGUUGGAAGUUAGAUCAGAUGAAGUUUGAAUGAAUGAAU